AAAAAUAAAAAAUAAAAAUAACUAAAAUGGCAGGAAAAUUUGUUAAUUACGUUGUAUUCCCAGUAACCACACUUGCUUUAGUAAGCACAAUCAUCCGAAGCCAAGCAAAACCCUCCAAGGCUCAUUCUAAUAUCAUGAAACAAGAAGGUUCCAGCGGUCAAGGAUAUAAAAAAUGGCAAAAGAUGAAUGAUGGUCUUGGUGUCAAUGACGUCGGAAGAAGCUGUGGAGGUGUUUAAUUUUUCACAAACACAUAACCACACACUGUUUCCCAUUCCCCCUACCUUUCCCCUACCUCUCUCUCAAAGUAUAUGAUUCCUUUCCUCUCCUCCUUCUCCUUGUACAUAAUCAAUAAAAAAAAAACUCUAUUUUAAACUAUUUUCAUUUAU